UCCAGUCAUGGUAUAAAGGACAUUGGCUCUGGAAAACCUGUCAGUGCAGUGGCACCCAUGGCGGAAGGAACGCGCUGCGGGAAAUUAGACUGAAUAUUUCACCCACCCUCCGAAAUAAGAUAGAAGCUAUGGCAUCGAACGCAGUCAGCCCCAUCAUCUAUGACCUGCAGCAGAGCCUUGGUGACUUCAGCCUGAGGCAUUAUGCCCAAGGGUAUAACCUUCAGCAUUUCAUCAAAAACCUCGACUUCAAGGUCAUAGGGUGGCUAGCUCUGGCCACAGUGGCAGCCAUAUUUCUGAUCGACCUCUUCAACAGAUCCUAUCCCAACUACGCGAGGAGCCUGGCUUUCACUGCAGCAGACUUCUGGGAAAACAACAAAGUUCGUCUGGGUUUUGCAAAUGAUGGUCGUGGAAGUCGAUCCCUCGAACCUCUGACCGAAGUUUUGGACGCCUUGGCUUCCUCCGUCAAGAAAUGGGAAAAACCUCGAGACGAGAAAAGCCGUUCCGUUUGAAGAAGAUGACCAUCUUACAUCGCUUUGGCCGAAUCUGAGGUUGUUUACAAGACGAAAAUAAAUGUUGGACGAAUGUCUUAUCUCUUUGCUUUCUCCUUUUUCGAUUUCCUUC